UCUUUUUUUUUUCUUUUAGAUAUUUAUUUGUUAGCAUGCUUUCUUAGACAUGCUUGGCUUUCUCAUUCUUUCCUCAAGCUAACAGUGCUCUCUCCUUUCUGUCACAUCACACAGCUGCUAUUGGUCAUGUGUCUGCUCAUUGACCUCCAUCCUCUGCUGGAUUCCUAAAAUUAUUAAUAUAGUACUUAAAUUUCCUUCUAAGACCAUUUAAAUUUGUAAAACAAAACAAAGAACCCAUGACAGGGAGCCCCAGUUUCCCCAAUAACAUCUACAGUCCAACAUACGGGCUUUCACAACAUUUCCUGUAACAUGGCAACCAAGAUGGAAUUUUAAAGCUCUGAGGAUAGAACAAGUAAGUAUAUUCUAAGAUUCUGAAUUCCCACUUCUUUCAUUCCACUGCUAUUCCCUCAAUUCUGAGAAAGCCUUGGUUCAUUGUGUUUAGGGGACUAAGUGGGAACAAAACUUCUUGGCUUGGUGACAGUGUGACACAGCAGUGUAAAGUUCUUUCAUCUUGUAUUUUGCUAAGGUCUAUAGGUUUAUCUAAAAUUUGAUCUUGAUGGAGAAUCCUGUGGAAAAUAUCCUAAAUUUAUUCUAGGAACCCAAGAUCAAAGUGCCCCAGCUUCUGUUAAACUGCUUGCUUGCCUAAAACCUCUCCUUACAGAUGCCAAGCAAAAUACCAGAAUGUGGAUUUUUGCCUUUAAAAAUCUUAUAUUAAACAUUUGAGUCCUGAAUAUCUGAGUGUAGUCCCAGUGGACUGGAAUAAAGACUUUCAACUGUCUAUAAUACGUGUGAGUGGUCAUCUCUGGUGGACUCCUUGUAACACCAGCAAUUAGACAUUAAUCUAUGGUUCAUAGGUAGUUGAUAGUCUAAGUGGGUAAAUGUACACACAAGGUUGUUGAAACAUUAAAUUGGGUUUAACUGUUUCUAACAUGCUGGUUUCUAAGGUACUAAAAUGUCUGCUAACACAAAGUCAAAGAAUGGUCUCAGCCCACACAAGGAAUAAUGAUCCAAAUGUGAUAGCAACUGUGGGAUAUACUGAUUCAGUCAAUAAAGUUUUGAGGUUGUUGUUGUUGUUGUUGUUGUUUGUUAUGGCCAAAGAGUGAACUCAUGACUCUGCAAAGUCUUUUGGUGCCCAAGUUCAGAGGUACAGUGCUGUUAAAGGGGAAAAAAACUAACAAACAAAACAAAUGCCAUAAUCACAUCAGUGCUGGGGGUGGUGUACUAAAUUAGUGAGGGUUUUAGUGUCUCAGUAACAUCUAUUUUCUUUGCAAGGCUUAAGGUAUCUUCCAGGCACUAUAAGUUACAUUUGGAUCACAGUCAAGGUCAUAGACAGUUCCCAUUCCCAUGAACCAUUCUCAAGGCAGAGGUAUGUGUUUAGGGGGUGGAAGGCUGAGAUGUGACCAGGCAGACAAAGUUGGACAGGAUGGUGUACAUUGGUUAUGCCACUUGAAUGGAAAAGAAUGGCAGUGUGGGAGGCUUUGUCCAAGUUUCUCCAUGUACUACAAAAGCCAACUGCUGCCUGUGGACAUUGUGUGCAACUGCCUACCCUCAUUGCUUUCAUGGGCUCUUAUCCCAGCUGACUCCAGAGUCAUAGAGAGAUCAAAAUAAGACCCAAUAACAUCUUUUGGUAUUCUCAGUUACCACUGAUUAGGUGAGGCAUAUGUGCACCCUUCCUUGGGCUGAGACCAUGGAAUCCCUUGUGGUUUUCUUUAUCCUCGAUAUCCUUUGCUGUUUUGGGACUUCAUACCUCAGGGUCACUUUCCAUGUUCCACUUGUACUCCUGUUAUAUCUGUGGUAGGCUAAUUCAGGAAGGCUGCAAUUAUAUGAUGUUUUCUUGUGUUCCUGUUGUCCUGUGAUAUAGUCAUUAGUUCUGUAUCAGACUUAGGAGGCAAUACUGUAUCUCAAUGAUGGAUUCCUCUGGUUUUGGAGGUGAUUUAAACAAAGUCUUUCACCUGGUUUAUUUAGGGGAACUUGUUUUCCUUGUGCCUUCAACAUAUCCCAUCAAAAUAGACAGUUCUGACUUUUGGGUUCCUCACUGGUCAUGGCAAGAAGAAAUGCAAGAUCUGGGAGGAACAAUCACACCCCUUUUAUGGGAAUGAAAUAUAGAAUAAAGCUGAUCACUGCAAAUAAAGGCAACUUAUGUGGCCUAACCCUCUGUGUCAAGAAGCUUAGCCCCUGGUGACUAUAAUAUCUCCAAAAUUACCCUGACUCCCUGUAAAGUUUUGAGUCUUGGAUCUCUUUUGCUAACCAAAGAAACUCUGAAAUUAAGUGGUACACAGGACAGCUGAUUCCUAGGUCUAAUGAUCUCCCUCUAAGGUGUAUUCCACAUUUUCUACCACUGAUUUAAAGUGAAGCAGACAAAAUACAGGAAUCAUGCAUCAAGGCCAGAGGGCCUUUUCCUCCUUGCUGCUCCUGAGGAAAAGAAAAGAAACAAAAAUCUUUGAUUCUACACAUAGAUAAUUUUCCCAUUAUUUGUUUGACCCACCCACCUACAUAAGAAACCUGGACUAAACACAAAUUGGAGGAUGAAAAACUACCCUCAAUGGGAAAUAUCAAAACCAUGGUUUUAUCGUUCAGUAGAAGGGAAGGUGCUCACUAAGUUUUUCAGGUUGUUGCCACCUGUGUGUGUAAAUAAUUUAAAUGUCACUUUUUCCCCUCAGAGAAAAGGAUGAGAUGAGAGCCAUAACCAGGGUUAACAAAUAGUUAGGGCUGAGCCCAGAGCAUUUCCUUCUGUGUUCUAACAUUUCCUUGGCCUAGGCCUGGAAGCUUCCAGCCUCCAUACAAUGUAAUCCUUUGCAAGCCCGGGAGACUUCAGCUUCCAGCCUAGAAUGUUUCAGCCUCUGAGACUCACUGCUGAAAGAACGCUGAACUCUGGCUCCCUGAUUCAACUCAGCUGUUUUCCAAUUCAUCCCUUUGUCUGCCCCUCAAUUAGAUGUCAUUGUCUGGGACCUGCACUCUUCAAAUGUAUCUAAGCAUAAGAAAGAAGACUUUAAAAAAAAAGACCACAGACCACAGGAGACAAAAGAAACAAUUUCUGAAUGUUUGUGGCAACCUCUGAAUCCUGAAAGAGAAACUGGGGCAGUAGAGAAACUCUGAAAUCCAAAAGAAUGUGUUGUAAUAUUUCUUAGUUUUAAUAAGUUUGUCCUGGUUAUUACAAAGUAACACAAGGGGAAACAGAGGGACUUUUCCAUCAUUAUUCUUUUCUGUAAAUUGUAUAUUUUAAAAUUUUGCUCUGUGUGUGUGUGUGGAGGGGGUAGAAUCUAUAGGAGCUAAUUCUCUCCUUUGAAGGAUCAAACAAGUUAUGAUGCUUUGCAGCGGGCGCCUUCAUCCACUGAGUCAUUUUAUAUGUUUUCUUUUGUCCCUUCAACUUCUACUUCUGUUCCAUGUCUACCUUUAUAUUUGAUCCUAACAUAAUUGGAUUCUGUUAUUAAAUAUUUUAUUCCCAUCUUUAUCGUUAGCAACAAAAAUUUCUGGAUCAUUAGUUGUAAAUGGGUUUUUGAUUAACCAAAUUAGUCAAAACAUGUUGAUAAUAACUAAAGAAAAAUACUUACUGCAAAUGCUACUUACAAGAAUGAGAUUGUUCUGCCUUCAGUUUCAUAUGUGCUGUUACGCUAUUUCUUGCUACACUAGUGGUAAGUGGCCAUCAGUUCCAUUGUCCUUUUCUCUUACUUUUUAAAAAAUGGCCUUAAUUCUUGAGAAAACCUGCCCAUAUCAAAGGGUCGAUGUCAUCAUAAUCUUGUGCUAACAAAACACAAUCCCUUGGACGCCUUUCUGAUUGCAUCCCAACACUUAAUCAUUCACUAUUUAAAAUAUUUUCCACUACCUAUUAGUUAAUAGCUUGGUUAGGUCCUCUUUUGACUUGUAUGAGGACAAUCGUAAAAGGGAAUGGAGAGAUCAGUCACCCAGAUGUUGGGGCCAUUUGCUUUCAGCCUCCCGACGGCUUCCUGAUCGUUCUUUUGGGCUGCACUAGGGGAUCUUCUGCUUGCCAGAGGCCUAACCCUGGACCCUUUCUCAGAUCUUACCUGGAGACAAAGUGAAGGGUAUCUUUGAAACAAGCCUCUGCUUUUCCCAGCUGCCUCCGGGGAAGGUUCCUCUCGCUAGACACUGAGCGGAGUUAAGAAGACAUCUGGUGUUUUGUGAGGGCUGGCAGCUGCGGGCGGUGUAGACAACUGAGGCAGGGAUAGACACCCAUGUGCUGGUCUGGGAUGACUGGUGUCACCCUACGUGUUGACCAUUGAAGUGGGGCUAUGUAGCCAUGUGGUACUCUGUGAGGCAGAUACGUAGUCCUAGGUAUAGACAACUGAGGUGGGAAUAAGCAUCUUUGUAGUGUUCUGUGUGUGGCGGAGUGGUCUCCCUUAGUGGGGUGAGGACAGGCAGCCGCAUGAGGAGGUGAGAGGGGCAGGGUAGGAGAGGCUGAACCUUGGGACUUUGUCUUCUACAGAAAGAAUGCAACCUGACAAGGCCGGAAGAACGGGGUCGAUAGAGACGAGGCCUGGAACCUGCGCGCCAUUCACCGUGACCCCGACUAAGCUACGCACGUAUCCCACGCGGGCAGGGCGCGGGGGCGGGGCCAGAGCGAAGGUCCUUGCUGAUUGGUCGAGGGGCGCCCACGGGGGCGCUGGCCCCGCUCCUCAGGGUCUGCUCGAGGGGCCUUUUGAAAGACGCGACUGGCUGCGCGGCCUGCAGAGGCCUGAGACGAGAGGUCGACGGUGGCAGCGCAGCAAUGGCGACCGCGGGCGGCAGCCGACGAGCCCCAGUCCCGGGCCCUCGGCUCGGCCUGCCUCUUGCCGCUCACCUGCCUGCGAGCCUGGGCGGGGAGGGCGCGAAGGACAGCCUCGGGGGUGAGAAAACUUCUGGAAACAAUGACUGGUUUCAGAGUUCCAGGGUCCCUAGCUUUGCGCAGAUGCUGAAAAAGAAUUUACCAGUUCAGUCAUCAGCUCAGACGGUCACUUUGCCCACUGGAUAUUCCUCCGAAAGUUGUAGUCUGUCCAAUAUGGCAUCCAAGGUUACGCAAGUGACAGGUAAUUUUCCAGAGCCAUUGCUUUCCAAAGGUCUUUCAUCUAUUUCAAAUCCUGUCCUUCCUCCAAAAAAAAUACCUAAAGAAUUUAUAAUGAAAUACAGACGUGGAGAGAUCAAUCCUGUGUCAGCCUUGCACCAGUUUGCACAAAUGCAGCGUGUUCAGCUUGACCUCAAGGAAACUGUAACAACAGGAAAUGUUAUGGGACCAUAUUUUGCUUUUUGUGCCGUGGUGGAUGGUAUUCAGUACAAGACAGGACUGGGACAAAAUAAAAAGGAAUCUAGAUCCAAUGCAGCAAAGUUGGCUCUUGAUGAGCUGCUACAGUUGGAUGAGCCUGAGCCAAGAGCUUUAGAACCAGCAGGACCUCCUCCUAUUCCUGCAGAACCUAUUGUUACACCUGAAGCAGCAUAUAUUUCAAAAGUACAAUAUGAAGGGAGACAAGUCCAGUAUGCCAAGAUUUCACAGCUUGUUAAAGAAACAUUUAGUCAACUAAUUUCUAGUCACUCACAAUAUCUGAAAUGUAGCAGUUCAUUGGCUGCUUUCAUUAUUGAAAGAGGGGGACAUCAUGAAGUUGUGGCUAUAGGCACAGGGGAAUACAACUACAGCCAGUGCAUCAAGCCCAAUGGAAGGGUGCUGCAUGAUACUCACGCAGUUGUCACUGCGAGAAGGUCUCUCCUUAGGUACUUUUAUAGACAGCUUCUGCUCUUCUAUAGUAAAAAUCCUGCUAUGAUGGAAAAGUCAAUCUUUUGUACAGAGCCAGCUUCUAAUCUACUUACUCUGAAACAGAACAUCAACCUUUACCUCUACAUGAACCAGUUGCCUAAAGGAUCAGCCCAGAUUAAGUCACAGUUACGCCUUAAUCCACAUUCUAUUUCUGCGUUUGAAGCUAAUGAAGAACUGAGUCUCCAUGUGGCUGUUGAAGGCAAAAUUUAUCUUACUGUUUACUGUUCUGCAGACGGGGUUAAUAGAGUAAACAGUAUGUCCUCAAGUGACAAGCUGACCAGAUGGGAGGUGCUUGGUGUACAGGGAGCCCUGCUGAGUCACUUCAUACAGCCAGUUUAUAUCAGCAGCAUACUUGUUGGUGAUGGGAAUUGCAAUGACACAAGAGGCUUAGAAAUCGCAAUAAACCAACGUGUUGAUGAUGCACUCACUUCAAAACUGCCCAUGUUUUACUUGGUCAACAGACCUCAUAUUAGCUUAGUGCCCACUGCAUAUCCUCUGCAAAUAAACUUGGACCAUAAAUCACUCAGUUUGAAUUGGGCACAAGGGGACAAUUCUUUGGAGAUUGUGGAUGGCCUAAGUGGGAAGAUCACUGAAAGUUCUCCAUUUAAAAGUGGUUUAUCAAUGGCAAGUCGGCUUUGUAAGGCUGCAAUGUUAAGUCGAUUUAAUCUGCUUGCCAAGGAAGCAAAAACAGAUGAUUUACUUGAAGCUCGGACAUACCACGCAGCUAAGUGUCUGUCUGGACCCUAUCAAGAAGCUAAGGCAUUACUGAAGGCCUACUUGCAGCAGCAUGGCUAUGGCUCCUGGAUUGUGAAGUCUCCCUGUAUAGAGCAAUUUAGUGACAAGCUGAGAAGGAAAUAUUUUGACAAAUUUAUGGGAUGGCUUUUCCAAAUCUGACUAAUUCCUUAUUAGCAAAUAAAGCCACACCUUACCUUUAGUUUUACAACAGUUACUCUGAUAUUGCUGAUGAAAUUUCCAGCGUCUUCCAAGUGAAAGCUUUUGCUUUGAGUCAAAUCCAACACACGCUGCAGAGCUCCGAGUUCAUUUUCCAGGCACUGAAGAUGUUUCAAUUCUGUGGCCUAGAGGAGUAAUAAACUUAACCGUCAUCUCAGUUCAGCAUAUACUGAAGAGCCAGAAGUUAACCUGUAGCUUCUCUAAUCAAAAGUAGGCAGCACAUAGCUUUUACCACUCCCUGUUCUCAGUGUGAAGAAGGACUGAAGUAAUUGGUGCCAUAAAUUUAGAAGAGCAUAAGGUUCACAUUAACUAUUAGACCACUCUAGUAAGUUCUGAUUCCCUUAGGCUUUGUAAAAGUCUGUAUUUCCCUGUCAAAAUGCAUAGCACAAGUUGAGAAUAUUUUUCCAAUAUACAAAGAAUUCUGCAAAGUUCACAUUCUACAUUCUAAUAUGUAAUCCCAGAGUUGAGAAUCACAGAAUGGUAAGGGACAGGACUCCUUGGAUGCCAACUGUCAUAGACCUAAAUCUUGCAGAUUAGGUUAUCAUGGCCCCAAAUGAUAAGUGUCAAGAUAUCCAGGAAGAUACAUAUAAUAUUCCUUAAAUUUAUAAUUCUCUGCAAUUACUAAAGAUGAAUUUUUAAAAAACCUAUUUGUCAAGGCUAGAAAGAUGGCUCUAAGGUAAAGAUACUUGCCACCAAACUUGAUGAUUUGAAUUCAAUCACAGUGACCCACCCACAUUGUAGAAAGAAUGACCCAUUUCCUAUUUUACCUCUGACCUCCACAGUUACACCAUAAUACACAUGCAUUUCCACACAAACAAAUGAAUAAAUGAAUAAAUAAAUAAAUAAAAAUAAACUUUGAAAUCUA